AUCACACUUCAUCAGAGACGAGUCUCAAGAACAAGGCGAAGAUCGUAGAAACUAUCAACCAUGGACGUGACGGCGAUGAUAGCAACUGCCAAGUCCACCAGGGGCCUCUUCCUGGCGUUGACUGCAUUGGGCCUGAGUACUUACAAGUGGCCGACCCACGUCCCUGUAGAAGAUAAAGCUGAAUACGACUACGUGGUCGUGGGAGCCGGUACAGCGGGCAGUAUUGUUGCUAAUCGGCUUAGCGAGGACCCAAAUGUCAAUGUUCUACUCAUAGAGGCCGGAGGUGACCCUCAUUGGGAGGCUGAGUAUGCCAGUUUGUUCCCUUACCUGACAAAAUCGCAAAUGGACUGGAACUACACCUCAGUCGACGAUGGCUACUCCGCUCAAUACCACCGGAAUAAAUACUUAGACCUGCCUUCAGGAAAAGUUUUGGGGGGAAGCAGCACAUUGCAUCACUUUUACUAUGUGAGAGGCGAUCCUUACGAUUAUAAACUAUGGGCAGAUGCUACCGGGGAUGAAUCAUGGAAUUGGUGGAACCUUCUCCCAUUCUUCAAGAAAAGUGAACGCCUUGUAGACCCUGAAAUCAUUAAUUCGGAAACUGCAUCUUUCCAUGGAAUGGACGGUGCAGUUGCCAUAACAAGGGAGACUAGAAAUCAACCACUUAAAUACUUGGAGGCUUUUGGCGAUGUGGGACACAAAAUCAUGGUUGAUAUGAACACUAAUGACACUUUGGGCUUCGCUCAUGCCUUGUUCACCAUUGACGAAAACGGUAUUCGGCAAAGCAGUGCGGAGUGCUAUUUAGCAACCGCUAAACACCGACCGAAUCUUCACAUAAUGAAAAAUACAAUGGUCACAAAAGUUCUCUUUGACGGUAUAAAUGCUAUUGGGGUUGAGGCCACUUCAUCUGAAAAACUCAUAAAUAUUUACGCUAAAAGGGAAGUCAUAUUAUCAGCAGGGGCUUUCAAUACGCCAAAGAUAUUGAUGUUAUCCGGAGUAGGACCACAAGAUCAUCUUGAUAGUUUGAAUAUACCAGUUGUUAAAGAUUUACCGGUAGGUAAAACACUGCAAGAUCAUGCUGCCGUCAUUGUUGCUCAUAAAUUAGAACAAACUAGUGAUCCUGUUGAAACCCAACCACCGUGGAACUUCCCAGUGCCGACAUUUGUCGGCUCAGGUGCAUUAGACAAAGAACAGGGCUACUCUGAUUGGGUGACAUUGAACUUAAUAUGUAGGAAUAAUCCAGCUGCUCUUUUACAAUUAUCUUCCGUCGUUUUUGGCUUACACGAUGACGUUUGUAAUCAGCUCGCUGCUGCUGGGACAGAAAGCGAAGUUCUUUUCACGGUUAUGAAUAAAGCUCGUCCAUUGUCGUAUGGUAAUGUUGCGUUACAAAGUUCGGAUCCUGAGGACCCACCAGUAAUUACUACAGGCCAUUUUUCAAACAGUGUUGAUUUGGAGAACAACGCAGCGUACAUAUUAGAUUACAUCAAAGUAAAAGAAUCGAGCUUUUUCAAAAGCGUUGGUGCUGAGACGAUUUACUUUGAUUUGCCAAAAUGUAAUAGUUUGGACCGUGACUCGAUCGAGUACUGGAAGUGCUAUACACUCCACAUGAUGGACACUACCUUCCACUACAGCAGCUCUUGUCGCAUGGGAUCUGUUCUAGACUCCCGGCUGAGAGUUCUUGGAAUCAACAACUUGAGAGUGGGAGACGCUAGCGCAAUGCCUAAUCAAGUUACUGGCAAUAUUAAUACAGCUGUCAUGGUAAUAGCAGAAAAACUGGCAGAUAUGAUUAUAAAAGAUAAUAGCGAAUAA